UGAACCUAUGAGCGCCAAGUAUCAGAAACCGCCGGACCACAGCAAUUCUGAGUCGUUUAAGGAAGGACGCCGCAAUAAAGUGCAUCCUGACAUAGAAAUCCACACAGAGGAAGAGAUAAACCAUCCAGUACUGGGAAAGAUGAAGCUUGUAACUAUACCCGUGCCAAAUACACACACAGGGGAAGACUUCACGAAAGGGUAUAUGCUCGUCAACGACGAGGAAUCACCUGAAGAAAGAGAAGAACUGGACUGGCAGUCGGGGACCGGAGAGUCACCGGAGAAUGACGGCGGAAAACAGAACGAAGAUUUCUCCAGCUUCGCAACAGAGCCAUUGGACAAAGAAGUGCUGCACAUGCGGGGACCCCCCAGAGGAGGAAUGUCUUCGUGAAAGAGACGAGUGCGGCUGUGGGGACUCGGGAGCGCUACGAGAGGACGGCCAUGUUACGUGUACGUGGCGCUGCUGCUGUUGCUGAGGGUUAUUGUAUUUUCCCUGUGGCCAUUAUUAAUGUUGUUCUUUAGUUAUUUGUAUGAUUAUAGUGUAUAAUGUUUUGAACGAACCCGUGUUUACUAAACAGACAGUCCCUGUGCUAAAUGUAGUUCAGCGAUAUUUUGUGCCUU